UAUACCCCAAAACCAACAACCCGACUCAAGCACGAAACUCCCUCCAAGUCACUCCUAGCCACUUCUCAGUCACUCGCUUCGAAGAUCCACCGUACCCAUGGCGCCGUCGUCCAAGCUCGCAGUGGCCCUGCUCCUGGCGGUGGCCGUGCUCGCCGCCGCCUCGCCGGCGGCGACGGCGCAGACGAACCACAAAAACUGCGACAAGGACAAGAAGAUCACGGUGCAGAACCUGUGCGCGCACGACGUGGUGCUGACCCUGGAGCCGCUCGCCAACAGCCCGCACCUCUUCAACGGGGCGGCGAACUACACGCUGCACCCGCACAGCCACGCCGAGUGCCCGGUGUGCUGGUGGACGGGGCGGCUCCACGCGACGGGGGCCCCCACCGCCGAGUUCCACGUCGGCCCCGAUGGCGGGUCGUUCUACCUCGCCGCCAACACCCGCAGCCCCGGGCAGGGGGUUCCGGUCAUCAUCUCCCCGCAUGGCGCGCCGCUCGUCGGCGAGUGCCCCGCCGUCGGGUGCCCCGUCUCCGGCCGGUGCUCCGUGUCCCAGGUGCCUAGCGGAAGGUGCAGCCACGUCCAGGAGAUCAAGGUCAUCUACUGCAGCCCGCACGUGUGAUGAGCGUGUGACCGAGCUGGAAGAAGAAGAUGUCGUCCGGCCAUGGCCGAUCGAGUGCUGUUGUCGCCGGUGUCUUCGUCGUCGUGUUCGUUCGGAUCGGAUUAGCCGGCCGUUUGCUUUAGUCUUGAUUAGGAGUUGUCGCUGAUAGCUCAGGUCGAUGUGAGCCACGCGUGCGUGUCAGGUGUGUCGUGUCAUGUCACGUGUUCGCAGGCAGCGAUGCGUGCCUGCCUUUGUGUUUGUCGAGUCAUCAAUAAUUUUAGUGUCUUUCCAUGCAUGUGGGCUUUUGCUCUGCUGCUGAAA